ACACACACACACACACACACACACACCACCGGCGAUGUCCAGCCAUCCACGUGGAGCAGGGCGGGAUGAUGAAGUGUUCCAAGAUGAUCGCUUCAAGCACGUACUGACAGACCCACGCUUCAGGGGCACGCCCAAGAGCAAGAGGCGCGUGGCUGUGGAUAAGCGGUUCAAGGCCAUGUUCACAGACAAGGACUUCAGCACAUUCAGCACGCUGGAUCCCCGCGGCAAGCGCGGGCCCGUGACCCUCGAGGACGAUAUGAGCAAGCUCUACAGCUUGGACGGCAUGGAAGAUGGUGCCGAUAAGAAGAAGAACAAGAACAAGAAGAACAAAGACAAGAAGAAGAAACAGAAUAAGACAGAGAAGAAGGAGAAAAAGGGGAAGGGCGACACCAAGGAGACGGAAAAGAAGAACAAGAAGAACAAGAAGAAGCACGCGCAGGUGGAAGCCGAGGAUCAGCAUGAUGGGGACGAGGACCAGAGUGCCGAAGAACAAGAGCAACAACAGAUGCAGAUGCAGCAGCAGCAGCUGGAAGUUGAUGCAGACCUGCUGGUGGACGAUGACGAGUUUGAUGGCGAAGAUGAGGAUGAUGCAGACAGAGAUGGUGGUGAUGGAGUGACGAUCAACGCUGACAAUGACAACAGCGCGGACGACACCGGUGAUGACAGCACAACCACGUCUGCCGCUGCCCGCCCAUCGCACAUCACAGACUCUGCCGUGGACACCAACGACAGUGAUGAAGAUGAUGACAGUGAUGAAGAUGACAGUGACGAGGAUGACAGUGAUGAGGAAGAGAUGCCGGAUUUUGCUCGCGGUGAAGUGCUGAUGAGCUCAUCGGAUGAUGACGACAGUGACAGCGACCUCGAACGCCUCGAGAACCAAGUGGACGUGUGGGCUGCGCGGGAUGCGGAGAACGUACAGCGAUCGGACGAGACGAGCCGCCGUCUUGCCCUGUGCAACAUGGACUGGGACAACCUCAAGGCCGUCGACCUCAUGGUGCUCGCCAACUCUUUUGCGCCGACGGGGGGCGUGGUCGAACGUGUGGACAUUUAUCCUUCCGAAUUUGGAAAGGAGAAGCAGAAAAUUGAGGACGUGCACGGACCAGGGCUCCUCAUCCAGCAACAGCUCCCGGAAGACAUGCAGGGAGAGGAGCACGACCAAGAGCGGUUGCGUCUGUAUCAGCUGUCGCGCCUCAAGUACUGCUAUGCCGUCAUCACAUGCGACACCGCAGGGACGGCCAAUGCGAUCUACGAGGCGUGCGAUGGCAUGGAGUACGAGGCAACGUGUAACGUCAUCGACCUCAGGUUUGUUCCUGACGAGACGACGUUUGACGAUGAGCCCGUCGAUUCGGCGACCACUCUCCCAACAGAGUCAUACACCCCGCUCGGAUUCACAACACCGGCACUUCAGAACUCGCAAGUGAAACUGACGUGGGACAAGGACGAUGUGCAACGCGUCGCCAUCACCCGCAGGAAGUUCACAAAGGAAGAUCUGCGUCAGAUGGACUUUGAUGCGUAUGUGGCGAGCGAGAGCAGCGACGAUGAUGACGAUGAUGCUGCCGACAGAAAGAGCGCAUACAAGGCGUUGUUGAGCGCUGCAAAGAACAAGCAGCGGGACAAGAGCCAGGAGAUGACGGUGACGUGGAACACGGGACUGGAACAAGUGUCCGCUGAUCUCGUUGCUAAGGCCAAAAAGACGCGUGAGGAGGCAGGCCUCUCCAUCGCAGAAAAGGUGGAGCGGCUGCGGAAGGAAAAGAAGGCGGCGCGGCGGAAAGCGCAAAAAGAGCGCAAGCGCCAGAAGCGGAACGGGGAUUUGAUUGGGGCGACACGCGAUGGUGGUGAUGAUGAUGAUGACGAUGAUGACAUUCCUGAUGACCCGUUCUUCCGUGAGGAGCUUGAACGGAUGGAGGCAGAGGGGAUGGUGAAGCCGACACAGGCACACGCACGCCGUGGACACAACGCUGGUGGUGGUGGUGAUGAUGAUGAUGAUGGUAGCGAGGGCGAUGAUGAGGGUGACGGCAGUGAUGGUGUGGCAGCUGGCAAGAAGGGAAAGAAGGGAAAGAAGGGAAAGAAGGGCAAGAAAGGAGAUGAUGAUGAUGAGGAGGAAGGAUGGGGACAGCAGGGGAAGAAAAAACACCGGAAGCCAAAGAGCAAGAAGCGUCGUGAGCUCCUGAAACGCGCCAAGGACAAGACGUCGUUCAAGGAGGAUGAUCGCUUCAGCGCUCUCUUUGACAGCAACGACUUUGCCAUCGACACGACCAACCCGAACUUUGCCGCGGACAAGCAAGGCUUCAAGGACAUGCUUGCAGCUGUGGAGAAGAAGAGAAAGCAGAAGCAGCAGAAGGAUAAGGAGAAACAGCACACAGCCAAGCGGGCGGCUGAAACGCAAGAUGACGUCGGGAAGAAGAAGUCGAAGUUGAGUGCGGAUACGCAGCGCAUGAUUGAGAACUUGAAGAAAAGGGCAAAGAAGACCAACGGCGGCAGCGGCAGCAAGGGCACUGCCAAGACACAACGCGCCAAGUAGCAUGCACGCAUCACAUACACCCGUGCACAUGUGCAACACAUACACCCGUGUGCAAACACACGUGCACACAUGCAACACAAGCGACACAUUAUACCUCCCUCUCUUUAUGCAGAUGCUUGUGUGUGCGUGUGCGUGUGCGUGUAUGUUCGACGGGGCGUGUGGGGUCACGGUGUUGCAUGAAUGGCGUUUCGAAGUUUUUUGAUGUGAUGUGACAUAAACCAGAACUUAACGAA